AUGCCACCACUAAUAAGGACACUGAGGAUACCCCGUCAGUUGGCUCGAGGCAGCCGGCAAUUCUCAGUGCUGAACCGGCCAGCACCCAACUACCCCGGCCAUGUUCCCCUGACGACCGUUGAACGGUGCUCGAUGGCCAUCGGGUCAGCCAUCGGCUCACUACUCAACCCUCGACGACACGAUUUAAUAGCCACGCUAGGCGAAACAACAGCAACACCAUACUUCAUCUACCGGCUGCGAGAUGCCAUGCUCUCCGACGCAACCGGCCGGCGCAUCCUCCGGGACCGACCACGCAUAACCUCACAGACCCUCUCACUACCCUAUCUACGCUCCCUCCCGCCCAACAGCCUGGGCUACACGUACGCAUCCUGGCUGGACCGCGAGGGCGUCACCCCCGACACCCGCAGCAGCGUGCGGUACAUUGACAAUGAAGAAUGCGCAUAUGUGAUGCAGCGAUACCGCGAGUGCCAUGAUUUCUACCAUGCUGUGACCGGCCUUCCUAUCGUGGUUGAGGGAGAGCUGGCGCUGAAGAUAUUCGAGUUUAUGAACACGGGUCUUCCGAUGACGGGCCUGGCUGCUGCUGCUGUGGUGCGGUUGAAGGGAGCCGAGAGGGAGAGGUUCUGGGAUAUUCAUCUGCCGUGGGCUGUGAGGAGCGGAGCAAAGAGUAAAGAGCUUAUAUGCGUUUAUUGGGAGGAGAUGCUGGAGCGGGAUGUGGGUGAGAUACGGGCUGAGUUGGGCAUAGAGGUGCCGCCUGAUCUGAGAGAGAUAAGACGGCAGCAGAGAAAGCGGGAUAAAGAGAAGAAGAAACAGGCUGUACAAUAG